UCCUGCAGGUUGCUCAACAUAUAUCUCCUCUUCCAAAGAACCAUUUAAAAAGGCUGACUUUACAUCCAUCUGAUGUAUUUUCCAAUUAUUUUGAGCGACAAUGGAAAUAAGCAUGUGUAUUGUAUCAAGUCUGCUUACUGGAGCAACAACUUCAAAAUAAUCAAUAACUGGUUUUUGUUUGUAACCCUUUGCUACCAGCCGCGCUUUAAACCAGUCAACUUCACCAUUAGACUUGUAUUUUGUCUUGAACACCCACUUUACUCCAAUCGGCUUCUUUUCUGGAGGAUCACAAUCUGCAAAAAGGGCAAAUUGAACAAUCUCUUCAUUGGAAAGAUCAUUGCCCACAACAUAAUCCUGCAAACGAGAUGGGAGAGAAAGAAAAUCAAAGAACUUGAAGGGAUAUUUUUAUUGAUCGAGUUCAA